UUUUUCCCAAAAAAAAAAAAUCCCCAAUUUCCUUUUCUCUUUCUUUUUAUUUUUCAACUCUGAAAAUUCUGAUAAAAAUUAUUAUGAGGUAUGUAAAUAAUAAAGUUCUGGUUAGCUAUAUCGUUGCAUUUGCAGAUGGAAGGCAAUGAUAACUCCACUUCAAAGGAUUACUACAAAAUUUUGGAAGUUGAUUAUGAUGCAACUGAUGAGAAUAUAAGGUUAAAUUACCGGAAGCUUGCACUGAAGUGGCAUCCAGAUAAGCACAAGAGUGAUAGUGCCGUUACCGCUAAGUUCCAAGAGAUAAAUGAAGCUUACAAUGUGUUAAUCGAUCCUGAGAAACGCUUUGAGUAUGAUUUAACCGGAAUAUAUGAGAUUGAUAAGUAUACCUUAGGGGAAUAUCUUGCCAGAUUUAAAGGAAUGAUUCUUACCUGCAACGGGCUUGGUAUUAGUCAUACAUCAACAUGGACACAACUAACAGGAACAAAUGAAUUUGCUGAAGAAGGUUAGCUCUUAUUUACAAUUUACUAAGAUUGUCACGCUUGUUUCUCAGAACUAUUGGUGAAUUUAAGAUGCCAAUACCCUAUGAAUGCCGGGGCCACUGUCUGAGUAUCUUCCGGUCUUUUAAUCUACUUGUCAAACCCGAAAACAUAUGUCGUCUUCUUCGUAUCACUACAAUCUUUAAUCGAAGCUAGGCUUCUGUAAAAGAGAAUUGUGACGGUGAUGUGAGAUGUGUUGGAAUGAGGCAUGAUUUUGAUAGCACAACUGAAUGUAUAAUUGAGAUAUAUAAUUUAGACGUGCCAUUGUUGGUAGCUGUAAUUAUAUAAAAUAUCAUUUAAUAAUUCAUUAAGAAUUGAUGGCUUGCAAGCAAA